GCCAAAUAAACUACGAUGACUCUCCAUCUGAUGAUUCUUUUAUAAUAAACUCCUCAUUAGUACCAACCUCUUUUGAAAAUUCAAGGUCUCUAACAAUUCCGUAUUACAGGGUAGGUAAAUGGAUAGUCGCUCAAAAUGAUGACGAAUCCGCUUAUCUAACAACUCUCCAUGAGAAAUCCGCAAAAUUAGGGGUUCCAACUUACUUUUUAUCUGAAAAACAAAAAUCUCAAGAACCUCAUGUAAAUGCGAUACAAGUUUUAGUCUCUCCAACUACUGGAAUACUUGAUUCUCAUGCUUUUGUUAAUUGGUUAGAAUGGAAAAUUGAAGAUAAUUAUGGUGAUAUUGCUGUUAAUUCUAAAGUCACCAAUAUAAUUCCUGGUAAUGAUGGUGAUAAUAGAGGAUAUAUAGUAGAAAUUACAUCUACUUCCACUCCAUCAAUUAUAAAGAUAUUUGCAAAAUCUGUGAUAAACUCUGCUGGAUUAUAUUCUGAUAAAAUAGCAAAUUUGUUAUUACCUCCUUCACAUCACUAUAAACUUUAUUAUGUUAGAGGUCAUUAUUAUGGAUAUCGUGGUAAUGAUGUAAAAGUUAAUCACUUAAUUUAUCCUGUGCCUCCAAAAAAUUUGGUAAAUUUGGGAACACAUUUGACUUUGGACUUAAAUGGUAAAAUAAGAUUUGGUCCUGAUGUUUUAUACAUUCAAAGACCAGAUGAUUAUGGAAUAAGUGAUGGUGAUGAGAAUAGAAAAGAUGCAUUUUUUAAUUCUGUGAAAACUUAUUUACCAAGUAUUAAAAGAGAUAAACUUUAUGCUGAUUAUACCGGGAUCAGACCAAAAUUAUCAGGACCAGGUGAGCCAUUUAAAGAUUUUGUGAUAAAGGAAGAAAUUGAAUGUGGAUUUGAUGGAUUUGUAAACCUGGUCGGAAUUGAGAGCCCAGGUCUAACUUCUUCUUUGGCUAUUGCUGAAAUGGCAAGAAUACAUUCUCGACCUAAAACUCUAUUUUUCGCCACAAACGGAUCAGCUGGGCCAGCUGGACCCCCUACUGAGGGUACCCA